UCAAAAAAAAAUUUGCACAAAUAAAUAUAGAGCUCGCUUUUUGCUGAUUUGAUUACUCAGUGUGAGCAAUUGGGGGAAGCACCGUCGAAGUGGAUUGACCCAACACUGCACGGAUUCAUCGCUAAAGAAAAAGAUUUGAUUUCUAGUGCUCGUUCUUGUUAUGCUUAUUCGGUGCUUGUUUUAGGUACCUCUACUUGGUGGAGCAUUUUGUGCAUGCACAUGGCAUUUAUUUUAUAACUCUUGAGUCCCUAGAGGAAUCAUGUCAGAGUUGGAGGAGACUAAACGAGAGACAUGGAUACAAGAGAUGGAUGAUGCUUUUGUUGAUGCUUUUUUGCAUCAACAUAAUGAUGAAAAUAAAGUUAGUGGCUUCUUCACUUCUAAGACUUAUGAAACCAUCAUAAAGGAGUUGCAACAGAAAUAUGGACGCCCGUUUGAGAAAGAAACGAUGAAAAGUCAUUGGAAAUUAGUAAAAAGACAUUUUUUCAAGUGUUAUGACUUGUUCAAGAAUGGCUUGAGUGGGUUUCCUUGGGACCCAAUUACAAAACAAUGGUGCGCUGAGCUUGAAGUUUGGCAAAAGCUAAUUGAGGCUAAGCUUGAAGCAAAAGAGUGGAUGGAAAAGUCUAUUCAUAAUUAUGACAAGCUGAUGAUCGUGUGUAGAGGAGAUAAAGCUAUUGGACAACAUGCUGAGAUUGCCAAAGAUAUUAGAAACAAAAGGUCAUUGCCUGGAGAAUCUGAGUCCAUAGAAACCAUCGAGUUGACCUUCAAGAGUGCUCAAGAGGUUGGCAAUGAAAAUGAAGUUACAUAACCUGAAGUACAAGAUACUCACAGUCAAGAGGUUAAAUCUAAAGGGCUAAAAGGUCAAAGAAUGACGAAGCUGAAUGGAUAAAAGUGGCACUUCAAGAUAUUGUUGGAGCUCUUAGAGAGAGUACCGUUAUUUAUGAGAAAGUUUAGUAAAAACUUCCAAUUCCUGAAGCUAAAAUUUGGAACCUUUUGGAGGAUUUAAAGAUUGAGAAUCAAGUGUUAACACGUGCAUAUCUUUAUCUUCUCGAUAAUCAUGAGAGAAUUAGAGCAGUGAUUGGUUGUCCUCUAGACUAACUCGAGGAGUGGCUACUUGGGAUGGUACUUGGUCCUUGGAGGUAAUUGCUGAAGUUGUAAAAUGGUUAUAGCCAGUCAUAAAGGAAGGUGGAUACAAUUUAAUAACAAAUCUCAUAACUUUAUGAUAAAUCUAAUAACUAUAUGAUAAAUAUUUUGAUGAUUUCAUCAAUUGUCCUUUUAAGUUGUAUGAUAUUUCAUGUUAUCAUCGUAGAAUUUCUUUUCAAUUUGUGGAUUUUGAGUAGGAAGGUUUUGACUCUUAACAUCAAAUGGAGUUUAUGCAAUUGGUGUAUCCUAGGUCAUGUAUGUGUAAUAAUAUUUGAAUGUUCUCAUAUACAAGUUACG